CCAAACAGUCAACAACCCAGAUCCAAUCUCAUUCCUCCUAGACUCCAAAAAAACAACAGAAAAACAAACCCAACUCUUCGAAUUCGAUCGUUUCCCUCCAAUCUCCACCACCCAAAUCCCCACUGUAGCUUUCAUCACUAUUCCCCUCCACUCUGUCCAUCCGUGACAGACACAACCACAGCCGAAAGCAAAAACGCACUCACCCCCGUGACUCAAUCUCGUGAAUUUGCUGGAGGGUAGGUUCCAAAUUCCACUUCGGAAAGAAAAACCCCCAAAACAUAAUGAACCCAAUUACUCUUACUACCCUCCAAAUUCUGUUGCCCCAUUAACUAAAUCCACCACAACCACGGUCUCCUAUGACCACCCAUCACAGAAAACCCAUAAAACCCAGCUUCCCUUCACUCUCCAAACCAUGUUCCCCCCUCUCCAAAUUCAUCAUGGCCUCCCUCGCCUUCCUCUCCCUCCUCACCCUCACCCUCUUCCUCUCCCUCUCCUCCGCCCGCCACCACAACCACUCCCCCACCACUCCCUCCGCCUCCACCCAGAUCCAGCUCGCCUGCAAAGCCACCCGCUUCCCCGACUCCUGUCAGUCCUCCCUCACCCAGCUCCCUGACCUCCCACCCCACCCCACCCCAGUCCAGACCAUCGGCCUCUCCAUCCGCGUCUCCUCCGAGGGGCUCAAGACGGCCCAGAAGAUGGUCUCGCAGAUUCUAGAAGCUUCCAAAGGGAACCAGAACCGCACCACGGCCGCGAAUAACUGCCUCGACGUGAUGCGGAACUCCGAGUUCCGCAUUUCCCGCGCCACCUACGAGUUGGCACUUGCGCGCGUCAAGAGCGCACGUGCCGCGAUGAGCGCGGCGCUGCUGUACCAGUACGACUGCUGGUCGGCGCUGAAAUACGCCAACGACACGGCGAUGGUGAACGAGACGAUGUCGUACCUCGACGGGCUGACGGGGCGGACCAGCAACGCCCUCAGCAUGAUGUUCUCGUACGACAACUUCGGCAACGACACGUCCCUCUGGGCCCCGCCGAGGACGGAGCGGGACGGGUUCUGGGAGCGGGGCUCCGGAGGCGGGUCGGGUUAUAAUGGCGGGGUGGGAGUGCCGAAGGGGCUGAAGGCGGACGUGACGGUGUGUAAGGAGGGAGGGUGUGAGUACCGGACAGUGCAGGCGGCGGUGGAUAAUGCGCCGGAGAAUCUGGGGGCGGGGGAGAGGUUUGUGAUUGGGAUAAAGACGGGGGUGUACGAAGAGACGGUGAGGGUGGGCUUAGAGAAGCGGAACCUGGUGUUCCUGGGCGACGGGAUGGGCAAGACGGUAAUUACAGGGUCGUUGAAUGUGGGCCAGGUCGGGAUCAGUACUUACAACUCCGCCACCGUCGGAGUUCUUGGUGAUGGGUUCGUGGCCAGUGGCCUCACAAUUUCGAAUACAGCAGGCCCUGAUGCCCACCAGGCUGUGGCUUUCCGAUCGGACAGUGAUCUAUCAGUGAUUGAGAACUGUGAAUUCUUAGGCAAUCAGGAUACUUUAUAUGCACAUGGCAACCGUCAGCUCUAUAAAUCAUGCAAAAUCCAAGGCAAUGUGGAUUUCAUCUUUGGAAACUCAGCUUCCAUUUUUGUGGAUUGCACAAUCCUUGUUGCUCCCCGACAACUCAAACCCGAGAAGGGCGAAAACAAUGCUGUCACAGCCCACGGCAGGACAGACCCUGCACAGACAACAGGUUUUGUGUUUCAAAAUUGCUUGAUCAACGGAACUGAAGAGUACAUGAAGUUGUAUUACAGCAAGCCUCAAGUGCACAAAAACUACUUGGGGAGGCCGUGGAAGGAGUAUUCAAGGACAGUUUUCUUAAACUGCAAUAUGGAAGCACUGAUUACCCCGCAGGGGUGGAUGCCUUGGAGUGGUAAUUUUGCUUUGAAGACAUUAUUCUACGGGGAGUACGGGAAUACAGGAACAGGUUCGAAUUUGGCGCAGAGAGUUACCUGGAGCAGCAAGAUUCCAACCGAGCAUGUAAGUACAUAUUCAGUGCAGAAUUUUAUUCAGGGAGAUGAGUGGAUGGUGACCAGUUAGAUUAUAGAGGAAUAGGCCUUCCUAUGCAGUAGGGGAAUUCAAAUAUGGCUCCCCUUUGAAAUAAUAUAUCAAUUCAACUAGUGUGAAUUUAGGAAAUUAUUAGUAAUAUAUAUAUAUAUAUAUAUAUAUGGUCUGCAUUGA